CGCAUCCACAGUGGAGAAAAACCAUAUGACUGUGACCAGUGUGGGAUGACUUUCACCAGAUUGAAUCACGUUGCGAGACACCUAUGCAUCCACAGCGGAAAAAGACCAUAUUACUGUGACCAGUGUGGGAAGACUUUCACCCAAAUGUCUACCCUUAAAACACACUUACUCAUCCACAGCGGAGAGAGACCAUAUGAUUGUGAACAGUGUGGGAAGACUUUCAACCGCAUACGCAGUCUUAAGAUGCACCUUCAAAUCCACAAAGGUGAAAGACCAUAUGGCUGUGACCAGUGUGACAAGGCUUACAUCACAUUACAUGACCUUCGAAGACAUAGAGCCAUCCACUCUGGAGAAAGACCAUAUCACUGUGGCCAGUGUGGGAAGACUUUCACCUUACUGCGUAUCCUUAAAUCACACCUACGCAUCCACACCGGAGAAAGACCAUAUGAGUGUGAACGGUGUGGGAAGGCUUUCAACUGGAUACACAGUCUUAAGAUACACCUACGCAUCCACAACGGUGAAAGACCAUAUGAGUGUGACCAGUGUGGGAAGACUUUCAUCACAAUGAAUCACCUCAAGAGACACCUACGCAUCCACAAUGGUGAAAGACCAUAUGAGUGUGACCAUUGUGGGAAGACUUUCACUCAAAUGAAUAGCCUUAAGAUACACCUACGCGUCCACAGUGGAGAAAGACCAUAUGACUGUGACCAGUGUGGGAAGACUUUCACCGACAUGAGUAACCUUAAGAGACACCUACGCGUCCACAGUGGAGAAAGACCAUAUGACUGUGACCAGUGUGGGAAGACUUUCACCCGAAUAAGUUCCCUUCAGGCACACCAACGUGUCCACAGUGGAGAAAGACCAUAUGACUGUGACCAGUGUGGGAAGACUUUCACCCGAAUAAGUCACCUUCAUGCACACCAACGCGUCCACAGAGGAGAAAGGCCAUAUGGCUGUGACCAGUGUGGGAAGACUUUCACCCAAAUAAGUUCCCUUCAGGCACACCAACGCGUUCACAGUGGAGAAAGACCAUAUUACUGUGACCAGUGUGGGAAGACUUUCACAGACAUGAGUAACCUUAAGAGACACCUACGCGUCCACAGUGGAGAAAGACCAUAUGCCUGUGACCAGUGUGGGAAGACUUUCACCCAAAUAAGUAACCUUCAUGCACACCAACACGUCCACAGUGGAGAAAGACCAUAUGACUGUGACCAGUGUGGGAAGACUUUCACCAACAUGAGUCGCCUUCAUGCACACCAACGCAGCCACAAUGGAGAAAGACCAUAUGACUGUGACCAGUGCGGGAAGACUUUCACCGACAUGAGUAAUCUUAAGAGACACCUACGCGUCCACCGUGGAGAAAGACCAUAUGCCUGUGACCAGUGUGGGAAGACUUUCACCCAAAUAAGUAACCUUCAUGCACACCAACGCGUCCACAGUGGAGAAAGACCAUAUGACUGUGACCAGUGUGGGAAGACUUUCACCAACAUGAGUCGCCUUCAUGCACACCAACGCAGCCACAAUGGAGAAAGACCAUAUGACUGUGACCAGUGUGGGAAGACUUUCACCCAAAUGAGUGACCUUAAGAGACACCUACACAUCCACAGAGGAGAAAGAUCAUACAACUGUGACCAGUGUGGGAAGACUUUCACCCAAAUAAUCACCUUAAGACACACCUGCACAUCCACAGAGGAGAAAGACCAUAUUGUUGUGGCCAGUGUUGGAAGACUUUCAUCACAAUGAAUCACCUUAAGAGACACCUACGCAUCCACAGAGGAGAAAAAACUAUAUGACUGUGACCAGUGUGGGAAGACUUUUACCCAACUGUCUGCCCUUCAGACACACCAACGCGUCCAUAGUGGAGAAAGACAAUAAAACUGUUACCAGUGUGGGAAGUCUUUCAGUCUUGUCUGUACUAUUUUCUCACCUUCAUGUUCACCACAAGAAGUUGAUGUACCCAUGUGAUAUGCACAACAAUACUCUGGUCAUCCAACUUUGUGUCACCAACAACUGUCACCGAUGGACCCAUACUGGAGAGAAACCUUACCAGUGCAGAUUUUAUGACAGAUCUUUUAUCACAGGUUAACAAUGUACCAAACGUAAAUGUGUCAAAAAUUUUAACGAAGGACAAAAACUGAGCAAUUGUACAAAACGUAUGGCUCUAGAAGCUAGUAGAAACAAUCAGUGUCAUAACACACCAAAACAGUUUGAGUGUUACAGAUGUGAAAAAAGAUUCUGGUCAUCCUCUGCUUCUCCUAUCAUCAGCACAGAUAUGAAUCAUCAAUGUCUGGACCAAAAAGUACCUCAGCAUCAGAUGACAAGAAGAAACACAGUGUCUGAACCAGCAGCACUGACUUCUUUGGACUUCUAUUGACUUUGUGGAUGUUUAAUCACUCACUUGUUGUGAUUCUGUUGCUGGUUGGGGUUCACAUCUUUUCAUUGUUCACUAAUGAAAACAGCUACUCCUGUAACAAUUUUCCACAGUUGUUGUACAUUUUAACUUCAUCCACCAAAAUGUUCAACACUUUUUUUUUAACCACCAACUGUGCAUGUGUGAAUUAAUUGUUUCAAAACCUGAAGUGGAAGAUGAUUUUAAUUUUAAUGCAGGUAAUGAAAUUAAAUUGUGAGUAAAUUGUAUGAAUAUCUGCAGUAAUACACAAGGAGAAGCAUCGUGAAAAUAAAACUCAAACUUUAAUUUUAAUUAAUAAAAAGUAGAUCUAUUUUCCUAAGAAUUACACAGUUUAUAGUGUACCUGGUUACCUCUGACAAUAGCUGUGCAGUAAGAUCAAAAAUGUUUUCGCAAUACGCAGUUUCAUAUCCUUAGGAAACAUAAUUGUUAGGGUUCAUGUCAAUUUUUUUUCCAAUUUAAAGAUAGGUUUUGGUUCUGAAAGACUUAAAAAGAAAAAAAACAGUAAAUAACAAGGAUGGAUGCAUCAUUAUCAGAAAACACACCAGAUCCUCUCAACCCAUUAUUUGGUAACAUUUUGGAUGUUUAUAAAAUGUCAGUGGUUGAUUUUCAUCUGUUUUGUUUACAUUUACAAUUGAAUUUAUAGUCAUUCAUAGAUAAUGUUAUUUAAUGCUUGAAAAUAGUCAAAUUAUGCUCUUUUUGUCUAUGAAAUUACCUUUUUUUUUGUCUCCAUGGCACAUAAGAGAUAAUACAUAAAAAUUAGAAAGAAUAAUAAAAAAUCACAUCGGUAUUGUCACAAUGGUUAUUUGUCAGCCCAUACUUUUGCAGUUGCUGUGGUCUUGGAUUUUGUGAUUUACUGCUAAUUUUGUUCAUUGUUAUACAUCAAGAAAAUUGGUGUUAAUUUUGUUAACCAAAUUACAUAUGAUUUAGAUUAAUAAAUUGCGUUCACUCAGGUCUUGUAUAAAAAGAUGGGAACACUUAAACAACUGUGAACAAAAUAAACUCUAAGGCCUAAAGAGAAAGUCAUGAUAGUCAUGAUAAAUAAAUAUAAAAAUACAUAAAAUAUAAAACUAUAUCAUGAUAACAAUGAUGAUGUUUUUGUCGUCCAGAUUGUACUCAGUUGAAUUUAUAGUUAAUGUUUUGGAUUUUUCUUUGUAUUAACCUACUUAUUUAACAGUAUAAAUUACUCAAAAAUAGACUAUAACUGACUGUACAUGUACGAGGAAACUACGUAAUAAUUAGGCGACUGUAAAAUGAAGUGUUACCCACAUGUUGGAGUUAAAAACUGUGGGAGUAAAUGACUGAAUUUUCAACUGUUUUUCUGAACCCUGGGAUAAAUCAAGUUGUCAUCUAGGUUGGAUAGUGGACUCUAACAUCCAGCUCUGGUUCUGUUUGUCUUUGGUUCACACACCCUUUAACUCCUGACGUAUCAGUGGUGAACGUUCUGAAUGUAUGAUAUAUUUUAAUUAUUCAUAAAAAUGUAACUGUUUGCUCCAUAACUAAAAUUUCUAAAUAUGCUCUGGUAAAUGUUCAUUCUGUCUUCAAAGUAUAAAUGUGAAAAUAAUUCAUUUAACAAACGAGCAAG